CCUCAUCUUCCCCUGCCAGCCGCCUCUCUCUCGCAGGGUCUCUCCUUCCCAUCUUUAAAAGUGACUCUGUAGCUUUAACAGCCAGACCUGGCCGGAGGUUCCUCUCCAAACUUGCGCCCGGCUUCCAAGUGACGAAAGCGGCUGUAACUUGAGCGCCGCCCGGGAUAUCUUUAGCCAAAGGCCGAGCGCGCAUUCCCACCCCGCAGAAGUCGCACAGCCUCUGAGGCAAGAGCCCACCCCACCCCACCCCCUCCUUUUCCCUCUGGCAGCUCCUGCUGCUGCGCCUCCAGGGAGCCGGGCGAGGCUGGCGAGGAGGCAGAGGCAGCGCGGUGCCAGGGUCCCGGGCCUGAGACCCAUGUCGCCCGCUGAGACGCGGGGACCAGGGAGCGUCCGGCCGGCGAGGACCGCGCAGGACGCAGGCCCGGGGCGCCGCUGACCCCCAGGGAUCCCCUUCCUUCUCCGGCGGCGCCCUGGUCACCCCGCGCGCGUCCACAAUGCUGUGGGCCACGCUCCUCUGGACGGGCUUCCUCUGCCACCUGUGCCAUGGCUACUUCGACGGCCCCCUGUACCCUGAGAUGUCCAACGGGACCCUGCACCACUACUUCGUGCCGGACGGGGACUACGAGGAGAACGACGACCCCGAGAAGUGCCAGCUGCUCUUCCGCGUGAGCGAGCGCCAGCGCUGCGCCCAAGGCGCGGGGAGCCCGGCGGCCGACGCGCUGCGCCUGAGCCUGCGCGAGGAGUUCACGGUGCUGGGCCGCCAGGUGGAGGACUCGGGCCGCGUGCUCGAGGGCAUCAGCAAGAGCAUCUCCUACGACCUGGACGGCGAGGAGAGCUACGAUUUGCACUUUGAGGAUGGCUCUGAGGGCACUGGAAAGGGAAAAUGGCGCGGUCCGGUGGUUGUGCUUUUGUACGUUAUUUAUGGGAUCACCCUGGAUGUGAGCAUCUGUUCCCUGUCCUGUGACACCUCCUGUCAUCCAGUUCCAAGACGCACCUCCUGUCUUUCCAAGGGAGGGCUUCCUGACUGCGGACACAGGGCUCCAGCCUCCUGGGGAAAGGCAGUGGACUGGCCAUCCCCUGUUCUGGAGCCCCGGGGGAGCCACAAGACACAGGCAGCCCUCCCUGCUUUACAAAGGACAUCCAGGUGUUUCCGUGCCCCCACCAGCCCCUGCCGGUGCCCGGCUUAUUCUCUUUCUCUUAUUUAUUAAGCGCUACCUGUGAGCUGUUGUUGUUUCUUGCAGGAGUCAAGCUGAGGAACCCCAUGCCAGUGGGGUAUGUGUGUAAGGGGGGAUUUCUGAAGUCUGAGCUCUGCAGCUUCGCGGUGGUCUGCCCGUGACUGCCCAAAUGAGGACGGUGGCGUCUGUCCUGGGUCUCGGCCUCCUCACCUGUGCCGUGGUGGCUUACACAGGAGCACAGUGUCAGGAUCAGGCUCCCCACCCAGGCCUGUGAAUCCAUUCACUAAUGUGUCCUUAGGGGAGUAGAGGGCAGGGGCCGUCCUUUUGCUUCUUGUGAUCUUGUAUUUCAGGGAGGAGGAUUUCUAAUUCAAACGACUCCUUAUCUAAGUUUUAUUAUUCAGACAAUAAAUAUGUUUUCGGAUAA